ACACCUAUCUUUGUAAACUCACCAGCAAACGUCACGCUACGGUUCACUACUGUCGACGGGAAACAUUUCUUAUUUUUCUAUUUAUAUCUAAAAUUCCUUAUUCUUAUUAUCCGACCAAAUGUGAUAUUUAAUUAAGCACGAGUCUACUGUUAUUUUAAUUGACUUCACAGUGCAAUACGCUCCAUUCAUGCCAGAAUGGAGCAACCAAAUAGCAUAGUUUUGUGUGACAAUCUCAUUAAAUGGUUGCAGACCUUAAAUCUUAAGGCUAAACAUGGAAAUCCAUCAGAACUCUCAGAUGGCGUGGCCAUUGCGGAGGCUCUUACACAAGUCGCCCCAGAAUAUUUCUCCCCGUCAUGGAAUUCCAAAAUCAAAACAGAUGUGGGUCACAACUGGAGGCUAAAAGUCAGCAAUAUGAAAAAAAUAUUAGAAGGUGUAUUUGAUUAUCAUCAAGAUAUAUUAAAUUUGAGCCUGCAAGACUUUUCACGGCCUGAUGUAGUUAAUAUUGCUGAGCAUGCAGACCCUUCAGACUUGGGGAGACUUUUACAACUUGUUCUUAGUUGUGCCGUGAACUGCGAUAAAAAAGAAGAAUACAUCACCAGGAUAAUGGAGCUGGAACUCUCUUGUCAGCGGUCGAUCAUGCAAGCUAUACAGGAAUUGGAGACGUUGACGCUGGGCGGCAGGGGGGCGCCGCACGCGGACGCGCCGGAGCCCGACACGGACAUGAGGGAGGUGCUCGCCCAGCGGUGCCAUGAACUUGACACGCAGGUAAAAGUCCUCCAAGAAGAGAAGAUGACGCUGCUAAGCGAGGUAGCGCGACUGACCGCGGCGAGGCCGGACGAGAGGGCCGACGACGAUGACGCCGAACUCGACGAGGCAGGCGCUUCCCUCGGGCCUGCACACGCGGGAACAUUACGAUACAGUAAUAUGCGGGCGCAGUUAGACGCGUUGAAGGACGAAUUGGAUAAAGUGGAACUACAGAGAGAUGACCAGCGGGCGAGAGCCGACGCGCUCGAACGGGAGUUGGCGCUCAUGAAAUUAAGAAACGAAGAGUUACAAAUAGCAGCGUCAGAGAACGUAACGCUGAAAGAUGAGGUAGACGCUUUAAGGGAGACGGCUGCGAAAGCGGCCACUUUAGAAGCCACUGUGGCUUCAUAUAAAAAGAGGAUGGAGGAACAUGUUGAUUUGAGAAGACAGGUGAAACUACUCGAGCGAGCGAACACGGAGCACGUGCAGCGAGCGAUAGAACACGAGCAGGCGGCCACGCGAGCGAAUGCGUUACGCGCCAAAUUAGACAUUUAUAAAAAACAGGUUAUAGAUUUAAAUGAGAAACUAGACGCUGAAAUGACGAAAGCGGACAAACUGGAGAUAGAGAACAAAAAACUGUCGAGCCGAGCAGAUUUCCUGCAGCGCGAGCGAGACAAACUAGUGUGCGACAGGGACGCACUGAAGGAAACGGUGGAGGACCUCACCCACUAUACUAUAACUGCAGGGGCCAGCGAAGACAACGUAUCGCAGGAGCUGAUCCCGACAGAGAUGAAGGAUAAGCUUAUUCGGCUCGAACACGAGAACAAACUGUUACGGCAGAACCAGGGUGCGCACGCGGACCAAGGUUCUGUACAGGCUUUGCUAGAAGACUACGCAGCGCGGUUAGAGAAACAACGCGCGCUACACAGAGAACAGAACCAACGCAUCAUGCAGCUCGAGGCCGCGUUAGAAGCCGCGCCGACGAGGGACCCGCGGCUCGCUACCGCCAUGGAGGAUAGUCAGCGGAAAUCAUUACAAGUGGAAGAGUUGCAAGCCGCUCUAGCAGAGGAGCGACGGCGCGCCGGGAAACUACAAGAGACGCUCGCGGCGAGAGACGCCGAGCUGGUGGCCACCGAGGAAAAGUACAAGCGGUGCGUCGAGAAGGCCAAGGAGGUCAUCAAGUCGCUAGACCCCAGGGCUGCGGCGUUGCCAUCGCUGUCAGACAUGACGCUGGGCUACGCGCGCGGCGCAGGCACCGGUGCGGCGAGAGGCGACGCUACGCCCAACAAUAACCGACACGACGGGAGCGGCGGGGGCGGCAGUGGCGGCGGCGGCGGGGGGGGCGGCAGCACGGAGCAGCGGCUGCUGGCGUCGGCGUGGUACCAGCUGGGCGCGCGCUGCCACCGCGACGCCGUGGAGACGCGCUUCGCGCUGCUGUCCGCCGGACACUCGUUCCUGGCGCGGCAGCGGCGCCAGCCCGCCCACCCGCGCGCGCGCGCCGGGCCCGCCGCGCAGCCCUGA